AUGUCUUCCUUUUCUGCUGCCAGCGCUCCGACUGCCACCUCUUCGCUAAGCACUAGCAUCAGUAUCCCAGAUGAUGAAUGUCCGUUUCUUUCAGAUUCCAGCGCGACUUCCAGCUCUGGCGGGGUUCCAUCGGCCUCCACCAACACCGGCGGCUGCUCACGCGCGCUGCACCGUCGCUUCCCUCGUGUCCGCCGUUGUCUCACCCGCGCGUCGCUGGGGCUGCAUAUGAGUAGAGCAGCCAAUGGACUGGCUGUAAUCAUGGCUCUACUAAUGGUGGGGGUUGUGGGCACCUUCGCGCUCCACCAGAUGAUGAGCCCGGAGAUUGAGGCACUUACUCAGCAGCGUGAGAGACUUAAGGACGACUUAAUAGUGCUGCGAUUGCAGGUAGAGAAUAUGACGCGAAUCGCUGAAAGUCGUCUAGAGACCAUUCAUUUACUGGAGACGGAACUCGAGCGACAGCAUGUUCAAGCAGCGGAAGCUGCAGCUACUGCCACAUCUGUCCCACAACAAAACGCGAUCUCUACCGUGGCUUACAACGAGCUAAAAGGUGGUGAGCUCCAUAAGAGUUUGGUACUGCCCACAAUCUUCUAUACGCUACUGCUGGGAUCCGUUCUGCUCGCAUCUGUGCUCUACCGCAUACUCUUCAUCAUUCAAAACGAAUUUGUGACGCAGCAAAAGCUAGGGAAAAAGCUGUACGUUGUUGAUAGUGGUUCUGACGAGCUUAUAAUACCGCCGGUCUCGGAGACGUCCAUUGACGGCCGACAAAACGGAAGAGAAACACCGCCGCUGUCUCCGUCACGAGGUCCGAUCGUCAAUGACUCACUGCCGAAUAACAGCCGAAGUGGUGCGUCUAACGUUGUCAACACAUCUCUUAGUCCUAAAACAACCGAUGAGCCUUCGCCGCAGUGCUACAAGCGCGCACCAGGAUCAUCACCCACAACCGUCUAA